AAUUGUUUAGCUCCGCCCACUAAGCAACGCAGGCAAGGGAACCACCGGGACAAGUCAUAGAAACAAUGGGCUAUUAAACUGCAUCAAUAUAAUUAAAUGUACUACACAGAGAAGAGUGUGAAUCAGCUGAAGUACUGGGAGCGGUCGGCGAUCUUGGGGAAAACGAAAAACGACAGAAAUCGGGUUGGGUUUUGUGUCAUUUGGUUGUGAUUAUAAUCAGUUGUGUGUGCAUUCUUUAAGACGGUGAUAGAGCAGUAAGCCGCAGACAGACACACAGACACACCGGGUAUAUAACAGUCUUCUCCUGUGUGUGGAGUGGGUACUGACCUGGAUAAGUCGAUCGUCUGUUAGUUGCUGUAUUUAUACUAUUAUCAGCUACUGCAGCUUUAAAACAAACAACGGGUUUGCGCAAAUCGCUGUAACAAGCCGUGUUUGUCGUCGUGUCUGUAUGAAGUGUUGACGCCACCAUCUUUCUGUUCCCGGUGGAUCCGUAAAGCGAGAUCGCCUUACUGAAUAAUUUAAUCAGUGUAAAAUGAGCUCGGAGGAAGCGGCAGCAGCGGACAAGAACACCGCCACCGAUGGGGACGGCAUGUCCUGGUGGUACCGGUGGCUGUGUAAGACUGCUGCUGUACUGGGGGGAAUCUCCUGUGCUGUGAUGGGUAUUUGGAAUUGUGUGACUGUGCACCCCUUAAAUAUCGCUGCAGGAGUCUGGAUGGUGUUGACGGCAUGCGUGUUGUUCAUCUGUGAAGUCCCGUUCUGCUGUCAGUUUGUGGAGUUUGCGAAUGCUGUAGCAGACCGAGCGGACAGGAUGCGACCCUGGCAAAAAGCAAUGCUUUACUGUGGGAUGGCGCUGUUCCCUGUAUUUCUUAGCCUGUCUAUCACCACGCUGUUUGGGAACGCUAUCGCCUUCGCUACAGGAGUACUUUAUGGACUUGCUUCCCUUGGAAAGAAGGGGGAUGCGGUUAGCUACGCUCGGCUGCAGCACCAGAAACAAGCUGAUGAAGAAAAACUUGCAGGCACGACAGAUGGCUCAGCUCCGUGACUCCUUUCCCUUUUUCCGUUAACUCUCAUUCUUCUACCUCUCCUAUCACUCUCUCCAUCUCUGUGUUUGGGAGAUCAUGUGAUUUUUAUUUAUGCUAGAUUUCUUGAUUUCACAUCAGGACUGAGAUCUAUGGGAUCUCAGGGUAAAUUUUGUAUAUUCCUUUUUUGAAUUUGUUUUCUGCUGCAAGGGUGCUCUCUUCAUGAUCAGCUGUUGUGCAGUGAAGUUUGAUUUUUCCUUUUUAUUUAUUCGAAAUACAUGAUUCGGACAAUACACCAACGAACCUUAUACACAGACAGCUGAACAGAAAAGCAGAAUGCAUGUUACUGACUUAUCCACAAUUCUCUUUCAUAUCUGAAACAGUGCUUACUGCAGCUGCUGGGAGUUGGGAUGGGUAGGAUUUUUUUUCACCUACUUUUUUUCUCCACUCCAGUUUAAAACAAAAAAAAUUAUUUUGUCCUCCAGUCAAAAGCUCAUAGUUGAUUAAGGAUUGCACCUUGAUCAAGAUGGUUGCAUGUUAAAUCUGAAAGAUGGAAAUGUUUGUUUGUGUGUGUGUACGUGCAUUUAUCACCAACCAGACAGAAUGCAGUGAUUAUUAUUUAUCCUCUGAACGGGAAUGUGGCAUUUAAAUGGAACUAGUGAAACUGUGAUUUUGACAUGGGAUGAGUGCUUAAAGCCACAACAUAUUCAAGUGGGUAGUAAUAAAAAGCUUUUUGCUGGCUUUUGAGAAAUAUGGACACAGAGCAUAAAACUAAUUAGCUACAUGACAUUUCUUAAAUGUUUUCUGGAGUACCACGUGCUAUCAUAUUUUAAUGUGUACCCCUGCUCUAACACACCUGAUUCAACUAAUCAGUUAAUUCUAAAAUAAUUCAUUUCUAUAUAUCCUGAACUUCUAAAUACUGAAAAUACUACUCCAUGAAAAUGGAGCAGAAGAACACUAGAGCAUUAGCAUACAUCUAAAACACUGAAUUGUUAAUGAUGUUGAAUCAUUACAACCCAUCACGUUUCUUGACUUCAGGUAUUUUGACACUAAGAUCUCUCAUUUAAAAACAUUACACAGGUGUUGCCCUAAAAUUUAUAUCUCUGUUCUCCAUUAAGUUCAUGGUUACACCAGCAGACAUUCAGCUCAGCAUUUUCUUUUGGAAAGGUAUUAACAAAACACCUACUCUGUAUUGUCCAGGAUUGAGCGUGAUGAUCAUUGCCUUGCAAUACUCUAACAGCACAGUUGGUUGUCACUGCUAUUGUGAAUUCAGAAUAAUGAGGCAACAUCACUCCUGCAAAAAAUAAAAUUAAAAAUUCUGAUACAUUUCUUGUAAGUAUGCCUAAAGCAGUGACGCGGUAGUGCAUGAUUAUUGUUCUGAUUCAAAUGAUGGCUCCUGAUAAUGCAUGUUCAAAUAUGCAUCAUCGUAUAUGAAACAUCAAAAAAUAAAGUAAAACUAUUUUGGGGCUAGACUAUUCGGUCCUUUUUUCCCACCCCUCUUGCUACUUUGGUUAUAACAAAAAGAAACAAAGAGCAACAAAAAUAAAACUAAACAGCCCUCCCAACAUGAUAGCAAACCAAGUAAAUAUACAUUCUAUUUAUGUUUGCAAUCAGUGUUAUCAACCCAGGACAUAAUGCGAAGUUAGCUAGAUAGAGUAAUUUAUUUUUUUGUCUCAGUUUAAUGCAGAGGCUGAAAAGGGAAAUGAUAAUUCAUAAAACAGGUAGGUUCAUUCUGAAAUGUACACCUGUGACUGCAUCACAAUAAUUUAGUUCUUUAUUAAUGCAACAGGUUUUAAACCAGCAAUGCUGACCAUUAAUCCACUGUUUGUCCAUGGAACACCCUAAAUUUUGCCCUUCAUGUUGCUUAGCAACCAAUCUUACUGACCAAAUUGCAUGGCGGAAGAAUUACUUAUUGUGAAUAGUAUUAAUAAUAUGAAUUUUUUCACUGAACACUGGAUUUUAUUAUAUUUUUGGGUAAAGUGGAUUUAGGCUUUACAAAUCAUACUGUAAUGCAUGCCUUUGUGGCUUAUUGCUUUGCUCUAUGGAUGGAACUGAAUUUUUCAUUACAAUUAUUUUGUGUUCAAUAACUGCUUUUAGAUAUCUUUUAGUGUAGAUACACAGAUUUGUGUGUAUUUAUUCACAAAUCAUUAACUUUCCCAUUUGGAUUUCUUUUUAAAUUCUGCCUUCUGUACUAAAUCUGGUUUGUCUCUCUUAUUCACAAGCACUUGCAAGAUUCCCAAUAAUGUUUGAUGGGUAUUGUAUGAAUCAAGCUGUGUGUUAAAGUGUGUGGAGUUUUUUUAGUAUGAACAUCACUGUAAACUGAUUUUUCCCCCCAAGCUGUUUCAGACAAAUAAAUUAACCUGCCUUUUGA